AUGGAGCUGUGGAUGACUUUAGAGCUGCCCUCCCACUUCUUCAAGCAGCCCCUCAAGACCAUGGUAUCUUCACCUGCCUGCCGGCUUCCUGCCCCCAGUUUCCUUCAGCCUGGCCACCACCUGCAGCUUGGGAAGCAGGGUCUGGACGGCCCAACGGGCAGUACUGAGGGUGUGGGUGUGGGUUCUGCCCACAAGAGGGCGCUCAGAGCCAGGCGUGGGCCGUGGCCAGAAGGUGAGCGGUCUCCGCUUGCUUGUGCUUUUCAAGCUACAAUCCUACCUUUGAUUUCAGCAGACACAGAGUACCUCCAGAAUUUCAGCAAGCCACCAGAAAGUGUUCACGUAUCUGAGACUGGUCUGUGCGACCCUUAG